UGUUGUUGAAACAAUCGAUAGAUGCCCUCGACAGGUUGUUGUUAUUAUUUAUAUUUAGUUCCUACGGUUUCCCUUUACUUACUCUAUGCGGUUCCUAUGAACAUUGUGUUGAAAUAAGAUAUUUAAUUUUAAACAAAUCUUAGUGAGUUGUAGAGUUUUAGUUUAUUAUGCCGAGGAUAAUAAACACAGUUCUCAUAGGUGGUGGUUCAGGCUUCAUCGGCUCUGCGCUCACCAACCUCCUGCGUGCCAAGGGAUACGACGUCAUCGUCGUCUCCAGGAUGCCGGGUCCCCAAAGAAUAUCUUGGAACGACCUGGCAGAGUCCAGGCUGCCGCAGAACGUGACCGCCGUGGUGAACCUCGCUGGCCAGAACGUGCUGGACCCCACGCGAAGGUGGACCCCGGGCUUCCAGCAGAACGUGUGGGCCAGUCGCGUCAACACGACGGCUUCCUUGGCGCAGGCCAUCGUCAAGGCAGCCAGCAAACCCAAAGUUUUUAUCACCAUAUCAGGUGUAGGUAUUUACAAGCCCAGCAGUAGCGAGGAGUACGAUGAAGAUUCCGACUUGACGGCGUUCGACUUUUUAUCCCGGCUGUGCCACAAGUGGGAGGAAGGGGGACAGCUGCCGGCGGGAACCGGAGUGCGGCAGGUCACCGUCCGAUCAGGUGUUGUGCUGGGGAAAUAUGGAGGCAUGAUCAGGCAGCUGUAUGUACCUUUCUACAUGGGACUGGGCGGACCGAUCGCCUCGGGCAAGCAGUUCCUGCCGUGGAUUCACAUAGACGACAUGGCAAAUCUUCUAGCGUUUGCCAUAGAAAAUGAUAAAGUACAAGGUGUCUUGAACGGCGUUGCACCACAGGUUGUCACCAACAAGGAAUUCACGGAUGCUUUCGCGAAAGCCCUGUGGCGUCCAGCGUUCAUUCCUUUGCCAGAGUUCGCAGUGAAGCUGGCGUUCGGCGAAGAGAGAGCAAAAAUGAUGACGGAAGGCCAGAAAGUGAUCCCGAAAAGAACUCUGGAGUACGGUUUUAAAUACGAGUACCCAGACAUCAACUCUGCUCUUUCUGCAGUUGUUGCGCAGUGAAAUAGCAGUGGAAGUUUUUAGUAACACUUUAAGACUGGUUUUUACAAAGUUUUUGUUGUUGUUGUUGUUUGAUUUAUAGAAUAAAUUAUUUAUCAUUAUAAA